AUGUCAAAGAAGUCGAAGACAACUGAUGUUGGGUCUGCGGAUACAAAAGUCAAGUCUUCAAAGAAAACGAAGCAAGUUCCUAUGAUUGAACCAGAGCCAAUUCAGCCAGAGCUGAUUAUUCCUGAUACCCAGAGCAAGAGAAGAUCAUCAGGUACGAAUGUUGUUUGUAAACCACAAGUAUCUCAUCAAGGGGUGAUUUUUUGGAAAAUUCCUACCCCUAGUUCUCCAUCAUCAAAGAAGAGAAUGGCUGUUGACAUGGAUAAGCAUAUUUCUAAGAAGAAGUGUAAGUUGAUUCUAUCUUCUGAUUCUACAGCUGAUGAGAUAGAAGUUAUUCCAGAGACUCCAGAGGCAGUUCUUAUCAGCGAAUCUUCUAAAGCUGAUACUUUAGUUACUCAACAACCCGAAGUUUUGAUUGCCAAGACAAUUACUAUGGAGGCUCGAACAUUAGACAUCCCUGUAAACAUAUCUGAUAUGGAUACAAAUGUCAUCAUGGGUGAGGAUACUUCAAAUAAUGCAGCUAAAGGUAAUACUUUGAAUGUGGUUUCCGAAUCUCUCAUUUCUUUUCCUUCUCAGAUUACCCCUAUUAUUCCUACAUCUACCACUGAUUCUCCCACAUUUACUCACAUUAUUUCACAUCCAUUCACAACUCUCUUUUCUUCACAAUCAACUGAUCCACCUACCACUACCUCUCCACUGAAAGAUUCAUUCUUGGAAACUGAAAAUGAAUCAGAAGGUUUUGGGGGAACCUUUGAAAACUUCGAGUUUGAUGAAGAGGAAACUGAUUUCCCGGAUCAGAUGCUAAUGAUGUUGAAACAGUUUAAGAUUUUGAAUACAAAGCUCAAUUCAAUUAUUUAA